AUGGCGGCCUCGAGGACUGAUAGGAAAUCAAUUAAAUGUCAUCACUGUGAAAAGUUUGGACAUAUAAGACGUUUUUGUAAAGAUUUGAACAAAGACAAAAUCGCAAAGGAGUCUAAAUCACCUUUAAAUAAGGGACAGCAAGCUGGAAAGGGGCAGUCAGGUUCUCGUAGUGAAAGUUUAGGAUUUGUUGCACAAAGUUUGGCAGCAAAUACAUGUGGAACUAACAGUGAAACAUGGAUUGUUGACUCUGGUGCAACAUGCCACAUGUCUAACAACAAAGCUUUGCUUGAAGACUUUGUUGAAUUCAAUGAGCCUGUUGAUGUAAUGCUUGGUGAUGGAAAAGUUCUGAAUGCUGUUGGAAGUGGCAUUGUUACAGUAUGUACUAAUCUUGUGAAUGGAAAGCAACCAGAGUGUAAACUACAUAAUGUACUUUUUGUUCCGAAACUGAGCUAUAAUAUACUAAGCGUAUCGAAAGUGACUGAAGCUGGUAAAUCUGUUAGUUUUGAAGAAACAAAAUGCAAUAUUUCAUGUAGUGACGGGAAAAUUAUUGCAAUUGCAAAGAAAGUUGGAUGUUUGUACUAUUUGGAUUUUCAACCUAUCUUAGAAUGUUCAAAUGCUGUAUCAAAUGAAGGAACUGAACUCUCAAAUGAAAUGUUAUGGCAUCAACGUUAUGGACACUUGGGAGUCCAAGGUUUAAAGCGAUUAGCAAAUGAAGAUUUAGUUGAAGGUUUCAACUUUGAUACAAAGAAAGAUUUGGAGUUCUGUGAUGCAUGUGUACAAGGAAAGUUACACCGGUGUUCGUUUCCUAAUAGUGGUGCAAAGAGAGCUAGUGAACCACUAGGCUUAGUGCAUAGUGAUGUGUGUGGAAAGAUAAACACUAAGUCAUGCGGUGGUGCUGAAUACUUUCUAACAUUCACAGAUGACAAAACUCGCUAUGCCUGGGUGUAUCCAUUGAAGCAAAAGAGCGAAGUGUUCAGUCGGUUCUUGGAGUGGAAAGCUGUUGCUGAGAAGUGA